CAUACGCGCACUUGGUACCGAGGAUGCUCUCGUGCGCGCUGGCGUCCUGCACGCCUCGCGGUGAACAUGGACCGUCAUUGUUGUUAUUACUAUUGUUAUUCCUACGAUUAUUAUAACGUGUGUGUGGAUACGUGCGUCUCCCGCGCUUCGAGCUGAUGAGUUUAACGCCGCAGUCGGAGGCCGGAGCUCAGCGGAGCGUUCUGUACGGACCUGCACGGAGCGCCAGAACCGCCACCAAGUCCGCGCGGAAGGGGCAAAUUAUGCCAGCAGCACCAGCGUCCCUGUUCCUGGUGACGUGCCGGCGUGUUGGUGAGAAAGCCCCGCCCCUCCACCCCAGUCCCCGCCCUCUACCCCACCCCUCUCCCGUCUCCCCUGGGAGGCUCGUGCCGGUGGAUGCCCCGCUCCGGCCCACGCCUGCACCAUGAGCGUCAACGGCCCGGUCCCGCCACCUGUCCCGCCCGCCGCCGACGCAGAGGCUCCGCCCGCGCCGUCGGUGGCACCGGUGGGCUCGCUGGCUCAGAAGAAGAGGCUGCAGUACGCCAAGAGCAAGAGCAGCUCGGCUAACACGCGGCCGCAGAGAGCGCUGUUCUGCCUGAACCUAAACAACCCGUUUCGCCGGGCCUGCAUCAGCAUCGUGGAGUGGAAGCCAUUUGAUAUCUUUAUACUAAUUGCUAUUUUUGCCAACUGCAUGGCCUUAGCCGUCUAUAUCCCGUUUCCUGAAGACGACUCCAACUCGACCAAUCACGACCUGGAAACAGUUGAAUAUGCCUUCCUCAUCAUUUUUAGCAUCGAGACCUUCCUAAAGAUCAUAGCGUACGGAUUAGUCAUGCAUCAGAACGCGUACGUCAGGAACGGCUGGAACAUGCUGGAUUUCGUCAUCGUCGUCAUCGGACUGUUCAGUGUUACCCUAGAAUUUCUGACCAAAGAAGGGGGUCAGCAGGCGACAGGAAGCCCCGCCCCCUCCACACACGGCCAUGGAGGCAAACCGGGAGGCUUCGACGUCAAAGCGCUGCGAGCCUUCAGGGUGCUGCGACCCCUUCGCCUGGUCUCAGGAGUACCCAGUUUACAGGUAGUGUUAAACUCCAUCAUAAAAGCCAUGGUUCCUCUUCUGCACAUUGCUCUGCUGGUCCUCUUCGUCAUCAUCAUCUACGCCAUCAUCGGCCUUGAGCUCUUCCUCGGCAAAAUGCACGCGACCUGCUACACAGUUGGGUCAGCUGUGAUAGCGGAGGACGACCCGGCUCCCUGUGCGGUAGCCGGUAACGGCCGUACCUGCACCCUAAACAAUACGGAGUGCAGAGAAGGCUGGAACGGUCCGAACGGCGGCAUCACCAACUUCGACAACUUCCUGUUCGCCAUGCUGACGGUGUUCCAGUGCAUCACUAUGGAGGGCUGGACAGACGUGCUGUACUGGAUGAAUGAUGCGAUGGGGAUGGAGCUGCCCUGGAUCUACUUUGUGAGCUUGGUCAUAUUUGGCUCUUUCUUCGUCCUGAACCUUGUUCUGGGAGUGUUAAGUGGCGAGUUCUCAAAGGAGCGAGAGAAGGCAAAAGCCCGUGGAGAUUUCCAGAAGCUCCGUGAGAAGCAGCAGAUGGAGGAGGACCUGAGGGGCUACCUGGACUGGAUCACGCAGGCCGAGGACAUCGACCCGGACAACGAGGAUGAGGAAGACGGAAGCAAACACAACCCGAGUGUUCCAGCUAGCGAUACCGAAUCCGUCAACACGGAGAAGGCUGAAGAGAAAUGCUGUGACCCUUUGUGUCAGAAAAUUUCCAAGUCAAAAUUCAGUCGGCGCUGGCGUCGCUGGAACCGGUUCUGCCGCAGGAACUGCCGCGUGGCCGUCAAAUCCAUCCCGUUUUACUGGAUGGUGAUCAUCCUGGUGUUCCUCAAUACGCUCACCAUCGCGUCGGAGCACUACAACCAACCCAACUGGCUCACAGUAGUGCAGGGGGUGGCCAAUAAGGUGCUGCUGGCGAUGUUCACGACUGAGAUGCUGGUGAAGAUGUACAGUCUCGGCAUGCAGUCCUACUUUGUCUCACUGUUUAACCGCUUUGACUGUUUUGUCGUAUGCGGCGGAAUCAUAGAGACGAUCCUAGUGGAACUUGAAAUCAUGUCUCCACUCGGCAUCUCCGUGCUCCGCUGUGUACGACUCAUGAGGAUCUUCAAAGUCACACGUCACUGGGAGUCUCUCAGUAACCUGGUGGCAUCUCUGCUGAACUCCCUAAAGUCCAUCACCUCGCUGCUGCUCCUGCUCUUCCUCUUCAUCAUCAUCUUCGCACUGCUCGGGAUGCAGGUGUUCGGCGGCAAGUUCAACUUCGACGACAUCCACAAGAAGCGCAGCACCUUCGACAACUUCCCCCAGGCCCUGCUGACCGUCUUUCAGAUUCUAACUGGAGAAGACUGGAACCAGGUGAUGUACGACGGCAUCAUGGCGUACGGCGGCCCUUCGUCAUCGGGGAUGAUCGUGUGUAUCUACUUCAUCAUCCUCUUCGUCUGUGGAAACUACAUCCUCCUGAACGUGUUCUUGGCCAUCGCCGUGGACAGCUUGGCAGGCUCGGGUUCGCUCGACGCGUCUAAGAAGACAACUGAUGACAGACUGGAUGAUGAAGACGAAGAGUUCAAGGUUCCGGUGGAAGAUGAGAAGGAGGAUGCAGAUGAGGAGGAGGAGGAAGUGGAGGCUCCAUCAGGUCCUCGUCCUACCGUAGCAGAGCUGGUGAGGAAAGAGAAGAUCAUCCCCAUACCCGAGGGUACGGCCUUCUUCAUCUUCAGCAGCACCAACCCGGUUCGUGUCAUGUGCCACACCAUAAUAAACCACCACAUCUUCACCAACCUCAUCCUGGUCUUCAUAAUGCUGAGCUCCGUCUCCCUCGCCGCCGAGGAUCCCAUCAGAACACACUCCUUCCGCAAUAUUGUCCUAGGCUAUGCAGAUUAUGUCUUCACUAGUCUGUUUACAUUUGAGAUUGUUUUGAAGAUGAUGACCUUCGGAGCAGUUUUCCACAAGGGGGCGUUCUGCAGGAACUACUUUAACCUGCUGGACCUGCUGGUGGUCGGCGUGUCACUGGUGUCGUUCGGGAUACAAUCUUCGGCGAUCUCGGUGGUGAAGAUCCUGCGUGUGCUCAGAGUGCUGCGGCCCCUCAGAGCCAUCAACAGAGCCAAAGGCCUGAAGAACGUGGUCCAGUGUGUGUUUGUGGCCAUCAGGACCAUCGGGAACAUCAUGAUCGUCACAACGCUGCUCCAGUUCAUGUUCGCCUGCAUCGGCGUGCAGCUCUUUAAGGGGAAAUUUUACCGCUGCAACGACGAUGCAAAGUCCACCUCGGAAGAGUGCAAGGGCACGUUCAUCCUGUACAAGGACGGAGACAUGACUCAUCCCACCAUCCAGAAACGACACUGGUACAACAGCGAUUUUAACUUCGACAACGUGCUGAUGGCCAUGAUGGCGCUCUUCACCGUGUCCACCUUCGAGGGCUGGCCCGCGCUUCUCUACAAGGCCAUCGACUCGAACAGGGAGAACUUCGGUCCCAUCUACAACUACCGUGUGGAGAUCUCCAUUUUCUUCAUCGUCUACAUCAUCGUCAUCGCCUUCUUCAUGAUGAAUAUCUUCGUGGGUUUCGUCAUCGUGACGUUUCAGGAGCAGGGAGAGAAAGAGUACCGGAACUGCGAACUGGAUAAGAACCAGCGGCAGUGUGUGGAGUACGCGCUGAAAGCCCGACCUCUGAGGCGCUACAUCCCCAAAAACCCGUAUCAGUACAAGUUCUGGUACAUGGUGAACUCCACAGCGUUCGAGUACAUCAUGUUCGUCCUCAUCAUGCUCAACACCGUCUGCCUGGCUGUGCAGCACUACGGCCAGUCUCAGACGUUUAACCACGUGAUGGACAUCCUGAACAUGGUGUUCACCGCAGUCUUCACCGUGGAGAUGGUCCUCAAACUCAUUGCCUUCAAACCCAGGCAUUAUUUCACUGAUGCUUGGAACACGUUUGAUGCCUUAAUUGUAGUCGGUAGCGUCGUAGAUAUUGCUAUCACUGAAGCCAAUAACACAGAAGAAAGCUCUCGCAUCUCCAUCACCUUCUUUCGGCUGUUCAGAGUGAUGCGAUUGGUCAAGCUGCUCAACAGGGGGGAGGGGAUUCGCACCCUGCUCUGGACCUUCAUCAAGUCCUUCCAGGCGUUGCCGUACGUCGCUCUGCUGAUCGCCAUGCUGUUCUUCAUCUACGCCGUCAUCGGCAUGCAGAUAUUUGGGAAGGUAGCCAUGGUGGAUGGAACACAGAACAACCGGAACAACAACUUCCAGACUUUCCCACAAGCCGUGCUUCUGCUCUUUAGAUGUGCCACGGGCGAGGCGUGGCAGGAGAUCAUGCUGGCGUGUAUGCCCGGGAAACUCUGUGACCCAGAGUCGGACUAUAACCCCGGGGAGGAGAUGACCUGCGGCAGCAGCUUCGCAAUUAUCUACUUCAUUACAUUCUACAUGCUUUGUGCAUUCGUGAUCAUUAACUUGUUUGUGGCCGUCAUCAUGGACAACUUCGACUACCUGACCCGUGAUUGGUCGAUCCUGGGACCGCAUCACCUUGACGAGUUCAAGAGGAUAUGGUCUGAAUAUGAUCCAGAGGCCAAGGGCAGGAUAAAACAUUUAGACGUAGUAACGCUACUCCGGCGCAUUCAGCCUCCACUUGGAUUUGGGAAGCUGUGUCCUCACAGAGUAGCAUGCAAGCGUCUCGUGGCCAUGAACAUGCCCCUGAACAGCGACGGCACCGUGAUGUUUAACGCCACACUGUUCGCUCUGGUCAGGACUGCACUAAAGAUCAAAACGGAUGGUAAUCUGGAGCAGGCAAAUGAGGAGCUGCGAGCCAUCAUUAAAAAGAUCUGGAAGAGAACCAGCAUGAAGCUGCUGGACCAAGUGGUGCCUCCUGCUAGCGAUGAUGAGGUAACCGUGGGGAAGUUCUAUGCCACCUUCCUGAUACAGGACUACUUUAGGAAAUUCAAGAAACGCAAAGAGGAAGGACUGGUAGGAGUGCAUCUCGCACAGAACAACACGGCCAUCACGCUGCAGGCUGGUCUCCGCACGCUGCAUGAUAUUGGGCCCGAAAUCCGCCGCGCCAUAUCGUGUGACCUCCAGGAUGAGGAGCUAGUAGACUUUAUACCUGAGGAGGACGAGGAGAUUUAUAGGCGAAACGGUGGCCUUUUCGGCAAUCACAUUAACCACAUCAACGGCGACCCCCACCGAGGUACCGGGCAUCAGACCAACGCCACGCAGCGCCCCCUGCAGGUUCAUCCUCCCCCGCACUACGCUGACAUGGAACAGCCCGUGGGCCGGCUGGACCGCGCCAACGCCAUGGCCCAACAUAAUCAUCAUCACCACCAUCAUCAUCAUCACAAUCACCACAAUUCUUACAGCAAGUCACCAAAGUCCACCAACAUCAAUCUGAACAAUGCUAACAUGUCCAGCCUGCCCAAUGGAGGCCAUAAUCGCUACUACCACCACGCCCCGGCGAAUGGAUACCCCGGACCGUACUGCCCGGAGUACGAAAAAGCCAGGACGCCGCACGGACAGAGAAGGCGCUACUAUGAGACCUAUAUUAGGUCAUGUGGCAGCAUCAGGCGUCAACCCACUAUUCGCCGCGAGGAAGAGUUUGAAGAAGACCGUCACUCUGGGGAGUAUUACAGCGGAGAAGAGUUUUAUGAAGAUGAAGGCAUGCUGUCGGGAGACAGGUAUCCCAGCAGCGAUCAGGAGUACGAGACUCCGCGUGGCUACCAUCAUCCUGACAGUUACUAUGACGACGACGAGCAACCCCUUUACCACGACUCGUACAGGUCACCGAAGAGACGGCGGCUUCCUCCCACACCACAAGGCACCCGGAGGUCGUCUUUCAACUUUGAGUGUCUCCGCAGACAGAGCAGUCAGGAUGAGCUUCCUCGCCAGCGGACCGCUCUUCCACUUCAUUUAAUGCAACAUCAGGUGAUGGCGGUAGCAGGGCUGGACUGGAGUAGAGCUCACAGACUCUCCCCUUCUCGCUCUACUCGCUCGUGGGCCACGCCUCCUGCCACACCUGCCAGUAAGGACCGCACUCCUUACUACACGCCCAUGAUCCGCGUAGACCGCCCGCACCGCGACAGCAUGGGCAGCAGCUACUGUUCGGUGAGGAAGAGCUCGUGGUACACAGAUGAGCCAGAGUACCAGCAGAGCACCUACUCACCGGUGCACCUGCAAAUCCCAGCUGAGUACCGGAACCAGUACCACCACAAGAGAGGCAGCGCAACCAGUCUUGUGGAGGCGGUUUUGAUAUCAGAGGGAUUGGGCAGGUACGCUAAGGACCCAAAGUUUGUGUCGGCUACGAAGCACGAGAUCGCAGACGCCUGUGACAUGACCAUCGAUGAGAUGGAAAGCGCGGCGAGCCACCUGCUGAACGGCGGAGUCACGCCCGCGGUCAAUGGUGUUCACGUUUACCCGGUCAUGACUCAAAGAGAGUAUGACGUGCAGGAUGUUUCUGCCAACUACAGCGACGAAGAGCCAGAAGCCGAAUCCCGGCCUCGUUACGAGGAGGACUUGGCGGACGAAAUGAUAUGCAUCACCACGUUAUAGCGUCCGGUUAGCAGCCACAGCUAGCGGACUUUAGUUGUCACAAAAAAACGAAAUGCAUCUAUUGGCUUAAAACCAAAAGAAGUGCCUUCCUUUCCAGUGGAGUAGAAAGGCACCUGGAGUAAGGACAAGCUUGCCCCGCCUACUCUCUCCCUAUUGGUCGAGGUGCAUAUCCAUCACAGGUGAGGGGGGGAGGGGGUCACUUCGCCAGGAAACAGUGUGUCGGACGUCUGAUGGUGAUGCUCUGCAGCUCGCCGCUAAGCUGAUGAUGAAGUGUGCUGAACUGUGAUUGGCCGCUUGUGCUGUCGCUGCAGCGUACGGACCGAUGAGAGCGCCCGCCGCUAUUGUCUCCAAGGUGAUGACAAUCAGAUUCAAAAUGUCAUUACCUCAGUCACUUUAUUAAAGGUUUUUGCAUAUCACGCAUGUUUUUAAUGCAAGCUCAGUAAGGCGUAUCUCCCCCUAGAGGCUUUAGUUUCACCUGAUUAACUAAGGGUUAACGAGAGUUAUUAACUCUUUAGAUAACUAACUCCAGUAAGAGCGUUCUGGACUCGGGACAGAGAUCUUACUGCGUUUUAAAAUCUGGAAAUUAGAUAACGUUUUGUAAAAAAAACAAACAAAUAAAUAAAUAAAAAAGAUUGCAACGCUUGUGUUGAAUGCACUAGCAGGCAGCAGGUUUAUUUUUUUAACUCUAGGUGUAGCCUGUUCGGGCUUUCGUAAAAACGACUAUGCUGUAAAUGAAUUGUAAUAUAAAAAAAACAUGAGGAAACUUUGGAAAGAGAAAUAUUUUGUAAUUAUGUACUGUAGGAAAAAGGAAUCAGCAAUAUUGAUCCUAAUUGAUGUUACUGUAUCAUGGAGAGAAAAAACUAAUUGUGAAUUUAUUAGAUACUGGACUCUUAUAUAAUGUUUAUUUAUUUAUUUUGCAUUCUUGAUCAUAUGCAUUCUUAAUCGGUUUGUGUGACAAAAACGUUUUUAAUGAGAGGAACUUCAUCUCACACCUGCACAAAAUAUGCAAAUCGUUGUUGUUGUUUUUUUUUUUUUUUAACAUUUCAUCUUUUUCCCUGUAUGUAUGUUUGUUUGUGUUUGUGUUUAUGUGAGAUGACAUGAAACAGCAGCAUCACUCGUUCCUGACCAGAAAUCCCCAGCAUGCAGUACGGAUUAUAAAGUGAGACUCUCCGAUGCUGGACACUACUCUAGGGCUCGUGGAGCUGUCGUGCGUGUAGUUGUGUAGUUUGUGUUACGAGGAGGUUCUGUCCCGGUGUUUUCAUUGUGUUGUUUGUGCACAGGAGGUGAUGUUGGUGUUAAAUACUGUCACGCAUUGACAAUGCUGCUUAUAUCGUGUAUUACGACAAAAAAGACUGAGAGGACAGCCAAGUCCGGCGCAUGCUUGUCUCAUUUUUCCCUUUAGCGCUACGGACUGGGACGAGCCUGCUGAGGGCGUAACGAUCACUAACGUGAAACCGACAAACGAGGCUGGGCUGGAGCGGCGAAGCAAUACCGAUUCCCGUUCUGUGUCUGACUCGCCGUGUCUCCGGUUUCUACAUAUACCUCCCAUAAGCGAGGAAAACAAAGGCCCUGAUUUACUAAGAGCCAGAAUAUCGCUUGCUGGUUUUUCUGUGCGCCAGGCGAAACCGGGCGUGCCGCAAGCGAUUAAUAAACAACUGCGUAAAUGACCUCACGUUGGUAAGAAUGCAGUCGAUGAUGCCAUGACCGAGGCCAAGUGUGUUAAAAACCUUGUGUGGUGGACGCCUAGCAUGAAACCAACCUCGCUGCUCUGGGAGUAUUAAUUCAUUCUCUAGGGCUGCAAAAAUAAUGAAAAUGUUAAUGUUUAUGUGAAUUUAUCAACAAAUAACCAGCGUAUAAAUGCGAGCAGCUGUAACAAAUAUUAUUUUUCCUUAUGUAAUAAAGCGAAACCGUGUGGAACAACUUCACCUUCACUACCGUCUUACUCUUCUGACGUUCUCGUCUCAGGCUAAUCCUGGUUACAGUUUUAAAGGAGGAGUUAAUGAUUCUAACCUGUUCAUUUUGUCCAGUUGUCUCUUACAGUUCAUGAGCUUUGGUCCGUUCUCUGUGUGGGCUGAAAAUGAAAAUAAAAAACUGCGUAAAAAUUCCAUCUACUUACACAAGCCUGGGGUUUUAUGGAGGAAAUGAACAACACGGCACAGGCCGCACCACACUACACUACUCCAGCCAAUCAUUUAUGAUUUAUAUUGAUAUUAAUUAGCUAGCCUAUAUUUUUAGGGUUGUUAUCCAUUGAAAAUCCCCACAAAAAAUAAAACUUGCUCAGCUUGGCUUUCCACAAAAGUACCCACGACUUGCUUGAUCACUUGUAUGCCGGAAAUGCUUUGUAUGUCGAGGCAAAUUUCUGGCAAAAUUUAGCAUUUGUAUGCCGAGGUAGCACUGUAUCCCUGACUCCUCCUUUAAAUCCCAAGAAUGCAGUUUGUUUCAAAUCAAUAAAACGAGAAACUCAGAAUUUUUUCGGUUCCCACCGAAUGGAAAUCAGACCUCGUUGUUUAUCUUAAACAGGCUUGAAUUAAAGGACAUGUAGAAUAUAAACCUCCGUGUCAAAACCCUAUUCAUACCCGACAUGGUGAUUAGCUGCAGCUCUAAUUAAUACAUGACAUUGAACAGAAUUAUUUCGAGAUACUAAGCCAUAAGUCUUGGAGAACUAGUAUAUAAUACUUGCUGUUAGGUUGCACUAAUCUUCAGGCUGCUGGUGCUAAAUCAGUCUCCAUGCAUAAACUCCUCCAUGUGUUUUACCCCAAAAACAUGUCCACUGAGGAAAAGGAAAACCAGACAAAGAGCCACUUUGUGCGUUUCAAAGAUCCUCAUUGAUUAGCUUGUAUGUUUCGUUCUUUUUUCUUUUUUUUUCAAAUUUGUACGCGUGUUUACACUAACGCAACCCUUUAGUAAAUCAGGGCCAUAGUGCAAAAGUAUUUUAUCACUUAAAGUAUUUUACAUAAGAGGCUUCCUUUCCCGUUACCAAUAAAUAAAAAACAUCAGAUCACCACGAGAGAUGUAUUACUACUAUUAUUAUUAUUAUCGUUAUUUAUUUAAUAUGUUUGACUGCAAAGGCACUGCCUUGAAGUGUUGGGUUUCAGCGCAGACGAAGCAGGCUCCAGGAUUUGCGAGCAAUGUCCUGAUUUGCGAGCGAGCGCUGUGCUUUCAGUCAACCGAACACUAACACGAGGAAAAAAAAAAACUAAGCGAAACAAAACGUGGAUUUAACCACUGCAUGUGCACAUCUCAAAGGGCUCUCUGAAAUGUUUCGUGAGGAGGAAAUACAUGUACAUACAUAGUGUUCCAGUCUUUAUGUGAAUAUAUCUUGUGAGAGGACCAAUGCGCAUUCUAGGCACAUUGUACUAUUUGUAGCAAUUACUCUUAAAAAUAUAUAUAAAUAUAUAAAUAUAUAAUAUGCAUUAUUUUUUAAAAAAAAGCUUUUUAAAAGUUUGAAAGUUUAAAACAACUUGCUUUUACCUCAUGUCAGGGAUUCCUGAAAAAAAGUUAAAAAAAAAUAUAUAUAUAUAUAAUAGCUAAAAUAAAAUAUAAAUAUAUGUAUGAGAAUUGAUUUGGUUCACUCUACACCACUGGGGAUUUCUAUAUUAGCACAUGGCUGUUGGUCUUUGCACAAACGUCUGUGAUUUCAGUUUCUCUUGUUUUUUACUUUGGAGUUUUUUGUGUAAGCGAUUUUUGUACUCUUCUCCCUCCACCGCCCCUCCCCCACCCCGUGAAUGUGUGUAAGCUGUAGUGAAAUACAUACAACAUGUCAUCUAUCAUUUCACCGUUAAAUCCUGGAACAAUGCGAAAAAUAAUAAUAAUUUAAAAAAAAAACGUUUCACCUCAUCAUAAUUACAAAUGGUAACGGGUUUCAAGUUUACAAAGAAAUGUCUGUUAAAUGAAGCGUUUUCAUCACUUGUCACUCUAGAAUUAUUCCUACUGUUAGUAUUAUGAUUAUUCUUAUUGUAAUUAACGCUGUAAGGAAAUUUAAGGUUAUGAUGUAUAUUCUGUACAAAUCUCCUGAAAAGAUGUGUGAUCAUGUUCACUACUUGAAAGUCCUGAUUUUUGGCUCUGUAACCAUUCUUAUUAAGUAAAAAAAAAAAACUCUUUGUAGCAGAUGUAUGAAAACCCCUGGAGGUUUUGUAUUGAUGCAUUUUUUGUUUUUGUAUUUUCUUUCUUUUUUUCCCCUCCAUUUAUUUUGACCCGGAGUUGAUUUGAAUUAAAACUGAAAUUUUAUUUUAUAAAGAGCGUUACUGAAUAAACAUAAA